AUGCGAGAAGAAAAUAUAACACUGUGGACAGAAUUUGUGCUAGCUGGACUUCUCCAUCUAAAAUCUUCCACUGUUUUUGUUGGGGUGAUUAAUUCCAUGUUUGCAAUUGCUCUGAUAGGAAACAGUCUUUUCCUUUUCCUUAUUAAAGUGGAUUCUCGGCUUCACAUCCCAAUGUACUUUUUCCUGAGUCAACUAUCUAUCAUGGACCUCUGCCAAGUUCUUGCAAUUGUUCCCAUGAUGACUGUGAAUUUUGCAACCAAUAGCUACACCAUUUCUCUCUAUGGAUGUGCUCUCCAAAUUUUUGUCACCCUGGCAGUGGGAGGAGCUGAAUGCCUCAUCCUGGCUACCAUGGCCUAUGACAGAUAUGUGGCAAUCUGUAAGCCUCUGCAAUAUCCAGUCCUCCUGAGGAAUAAAAUAUGCUGUAUUAUGUCAUUAUGUACCUGGUUUUGGUCUUGUGUGCAAGCAUUGGUUUGCUCUCUCUAUGUCCUGCCUCUUCCCUACUGCAAGACUAAUGUUAUGGUUCACAAUUUCUGUUUUGAGUAUGAAGUCCCUCGAAAGGAGCCACAAAGCCUUGGGCACCUGUUUGUCCCAUUUGUGUGUGGUGGGGUUCUUCUAUGGAGCAGCUAUUUUGACUUACAUGACACCCAUAUCCUCCUAUUCAGCAGAAAAGGCUGUUAUUAACUCAGUGUUUACAACUAUUUUCCCUCCCAUGAUUAACCCUUUCAUAUAUAGCCUGAGGAACCAGGAUGUUUUAGCUGCAAUCAGAAAGAUCAUUGCAAAAUAAAUUCUGUGUAAAUCAUAUUGGAGUUAUAUCCCACUGUGAUCUUGUAUUCUUAUGUUUGUAAGAUGCAAAAGGAAAAAUUAAAUAUCCACUUUAUGAUUAAAUCAUGAAUAAGAUUA